ACAAAGAAGGGAAGCGCCAAAUGUAAACAACAAAAUGUGAGCCUACAAGGGAAUCAGAAAUAAAGCAGAAUUGAGACAGGAAAGAUAACAAUAAUCACAUAGCUGUGGUUCAUACCAGUUAACAAGCCUCCCUCGUACCCUAUGAUGAGUGUCACAGCAUUUGUUGAUGGCUGGGACUUCGUGCAGACCCUGGGGGAGGGGGCAUAUGGAGAGGUGAAGCUUGCUGUUAACAAUGAGACCCAGGAGGCUGUUGCAGUGAAGAUAAUAAACCUGGAGAAGAUGCCUCAGGCCGAGGAUAAUGUCAGGAAAGAGGUUUGUGUGCACAAGAUGUUGAAGCAUGAAAGCAUUAUCAAGUUCUACGGUUUCCGCAAAGAUGAAAACAUACAGUACAUCUUCCUGGAGUACGCCAGCGGAGGGGAGCUCUUUGAUAGGAUAGAGCCAGACGUGGGAAUGCCAGAAGUGGAUGCCAGCAGAUAUUUCAAACAGCUCAUCUGUGGAGUGGAAUAUCUACAUGAGAGAGGGGUUACCCACAGAGAUCUGAAACCUGAAAACCUGCUUCUUGAUGACUUUGACAACCUGAAGAUCUCAGACUUCGGCCUAGCGACGGUGUUCCGUUACCAGGGUCGUGAACGAUUGUUGGAGAAGUGUUGUGGGACGGUUCCCUAUGUAGCGCCAGAAGUGAUCAGCCGGAAACCGUACCAUGCAGAGCCCGCCGAUAUCUGGUCAUCUGGCAUCAUCCUGGUAGCCCUGCUGGCAGGGGAACUCCCGUGGGAUGAGCCAACCUACGGGUGUGAGGAAUACUGUAACUGGAAGGACUGUAAGAUCACCAUCAGUCCCUGGAACAAGAUUGACACACUCGCCUUGUCCUUAUUGCGCAAGGUUCUUGUUGAGAACGCCAGCAAGCGACGGACCAUCGAACAGAUCCAGAAACACCAGUGGUAUAACAAAAAUUUCAACAAAAAUCGAGGCAUGGGCCGGUUCCCAUCGAGUUCACCUAGUGAUUCCCCGUGCGGUACGGGCCCCUUCAAGAGGAUGUGCAUAGAUAACUCCCCCGGGGAUGCGGACAGUGACAGUGCGUUGUCACGGAUCUGCAGUUCCCAGCCUGAGUUACCUCCCCUGCCCAACCGGAAUCCUGGGACUCCAGGAGAGGACCUGGGCCCAACCAUGAGUUUCUCCCAGCCCAUGCACCCAGAACACAUGGUCCUCUCACAGUUUCCCUGUACACCUGGAAACUCACAGACGCCCAUGCAGAAAUUGGUUCGACGUAUGACCCGCUUCUUUGUGAAGACUGACAAAAAUGAGACACUGAUAGAGCUAGAUCGGGCGUGUGAGGUGUAUGGAUACACCAGUCGCCGGGGCAGCCCUGGAAUGACAACAGUAUCCAUGAAGGACAAGCGAGGCAUGCCCCUGGUGUUUAAAGCUUGCCUUAUGGAAAUGGGGGAGAAUCUACUGCUGGAUUUCAGACUAUCAAAGGGUGACGGUCUGGAGUUCAAGAGGCAUUUUAUGAAACUGCGAAACCAGAUGAAAAAGAUCAGCAGUAAAAUCCCCCCGCUGUUCCCCCUCAUGCCAUCACAGCAGUCGCAGGUAGCUGUGUGACUGGUAAUCAGACUUACCAGAGAAUUGUGAGGUCAUCAAUACUGAGAGAGAAUUAAUCUCUUCCUCUGCAUACUGUGUUUCCACUAAGGUGGAUGUGGAUUACCGACCUUCAUGGAAAUGGUAGACAAGCUCUUCUACCAAAAUAUAUACGCUGCAUAUGUUCCUCGCAAAUAAGAAACAAUGUGUAUAUUGUUUUCCAUCAAGGAUAGACAUUCCCAUAAACUGUGAUGGAUAUUGGUUGGAUUUAAAUUAUUCCAAGAUUACGAUAUGUGGCGUUCCUCUUUUGAGUACAAGGGCAUUUUAUCUGCUUGAGAAUUUGGUCUAACAAAUUUAUCUCAUAGUGUACCAGUACAUGUGCAUUAUGUUUACCAUAAUAUCGAAACCAUUACAGAGCCGUUUGUGGGAUUUUAGUGGUACUUUACUUUGGAGAUAAUAGUUACUAAAUGAUUUGAUUGGUUGAUUGAUUUGUGACAAUACUAAUGGUGUGUUUAUGAGUGUUUGAACAUUCUCAAUGUAUCUGUUAUGCUGUUUUGAGUGUGUAUGAAACUCAUAUAAGAAGUAUACCAAGUUAGUAUAUGUACUUAAUACAGAUCAGUGUAAUGUUGGUUUGCCUCAGAUUUUGAGUCUAUUCAGCUAACCCUUCAUUAUUAGGCCAUACCAAUUUGAUUCAAUGUUAAGCAUCAGUUUCCAGUUAUCAGAGGUACCUAUCAUCAAUCAAGAUCUUUGUGCAUUAUACAAGUAGUUGUAGACUGAAAUUAUCUUAGUGUCAUAUUUUCGUUAUUUUGCUACAUAUUUGUGCAUAUUUACAUAAGCCAGUAUUAAAGAUGCACACAAAGUUGCGAAAAUAAAAUCAAUCCACAUGUUGCCGUUUGUGAUGUUUUACAGAUUUACUAUUUUUGAAGUUAAGAGACUAAAAUCUUUUAUUUAAAUGGUCUGAAACGGGCCAGUUGCAGAAGAGACAAAUAAGUCGAGAAAAGUGCAUGCACUUUAUGCUUAAGUCAAGCUCUUUGAGAUACACAAGCUAACAUGACAGGGGCAAAGAAAAUCAAUAUAAACACUUUUAGUUAGAAAAAUUACUGAAGGUAACUCUCUUUUAUGGUUAUAACGUAUUAUUUAACUAAUAAAGAUGUGUUGUUAUUAUAUGCUUCAUAAAUGUAGUGUCAGGAGCCAUAUUUAUAUAUUUUAUUUUUUUGCUGUUGCUUUUGUAGACUCAGUCAACCAGCCAUAUGAUGCUUAACAUAUAAUUAAUUUGGAAUGGCCGUCCUUAACCAUGGGAAUGGACCUCAUCAAUUCAGUCCUUUCUCUAAUUCUACCUCCAGAAUUUAAUAUUUGUCAUAAAAAAACAAAAUUGCCAUGCAUGUAUUUACCAGUAGAUGUUCAUGUUUAUUUUAUUGCCAGAUACCGACACUACUAUUGUUUUCUGUGCUGGAUUUUCACAGGCAAUAUUAAUGGUAAAAUUCUCCUUUUUUCUUCUGUACAGCCAUGUAGGUCAUUCACAUUUAAUUGUUUGUAUGCCAUUUCCUCUUGUUAGUCAAAUUUUGAGGUACAUAAUUUUAUACAUGUUUUUGUUGUGAUAAAGAUAUAUCACUGGACACUUGUUAUAUAACAUGCAAGUAUAUACAUUAUGCUCCUAGUACUUUGUUACUUUCAUGAUAUAAGUCUGGGUAUAACAUAGGGGUGCUCUUAUCAAUGUUGGAACUUAAUUUACUGGUUAUGUCAUUUUGAAAAAUGAUUUAUUGUAGAGUGUUUGAUUUUGUUAUUAGAAAAAUUAGUUGUCAGCCUUUACCAUAUUGCUUGUUUUGAUGUAGAACCACAUUUAAAUGUUAUAUGUCUCAAGAUUUCUAUACUUGAAUAAAAAUACC